UCUUGUAAGUCAGACCAUAGUAAAUAGUAAAGAAUAUAGAGUACUUGUUGCGGACAGUAACCGCAGCCGAAGAGUGGGGGAGGCAGCUUGCCCAGGACGGGAACAGGGUUUUGGCACAUUUCACUUUAGCCCGAUGACGACCAGCAGCAGCGUAAAUGUGGCUUAAGAAAAUCAAGUUCCCAGCCCGGGUGUACUGCGGGGACUCUCCUUGGGUGAGCUGAGUUUGAGCGGGGGCUGCACACCUCGUUGUCCUCUUGGUUGCAUACUUGAACAUUUGCUGGCCAGCACCUUAAAGAAGCCCACAGAAAUAAGUAACCUUUGUUCAGAAAUGGCAAGUUACAUCAGUGAGUCUGACAUCAUCCUCUUGGAAGAGGGUUUCACAACUAAAGACAUCUUGGAGGCAAAGAUUAAUGAAGCCUCCGUGGCAGAAGAAAAUGAUGCAUUCUUUGUAGCGGAUGUUGGUGACGUAGUGAAGAAACACUUACGUUUUUUGAAAGCCAUGCCCCGAGUAAAACCCUUCUAUGCCGUGAAAUGUAAUAGCAGCAGAACUGUGGUGCAAACCCUUGCUGAAAUGGGUGCUGGGUUUGACUGUGCCAGCAAGGCAGAGAUACAGCUGGUGCGAAGUUUGGGGGUCCCAGCAGACAGAAUAAUCUAUGCCAACCCAUGUAAACAGAUAUCUCAGAUAAAGUAUGCUUCCAACCAAGGGGUGAGGACUAUGACCUUUGACAACGAGGUGGAGCUCACCAAGGUAGCAAGGAACCAUCCUAAUGCAAGGAUGGUCCUCCGCAUCAUCACAGAUGACUCCAGAUCAUCGAGUCGGUUAAGUGUAAAAUUUGGGGCCCCUCUAAAAUCAUGCAGACAUUUGUUGGAGAUGGCACAUGACCUAAAUGUACAAGUCAUUGGAGUCAGUUUCCAUGUAGGUAGUGGUUGCUCAGACCCCCAGGCCUUUGCACAGGCUAUUGCAGAUGCGCGCCUUGUCUUUGAAAUGGGACUAGAGCUGGGACACAGCAUGCAGCUACUCGACAUUGGUGGCGGAUUUCCAGGGACUGAUGACUGCAGGCUUAAAUUUGAAGAGGUUGCAGCUGUAAUCAAUCCGUCCCUUGACCUGUAUUUCCCAGAAGGCUGUGGUGUUGACAUUAUUGCAGAACCUGGCCGGUAUUAUGUGGCAUCUGCCUUUACAUUGGCAGUCAACAUCAUUGCAAAGAAAGAAAUUGUCCAGGAUCAGUCUGGCUCAGACGAUGAAGACUAUGGAAGCAACAAAAACAUCAUGUAUUACAUUAAUGAUGGUGUGUACGGUUCAUUUAACUGCAUCUUCUUUGAUCAUGCCCGUGUGAAACCCCUACCUCAUAAGAAACUGAAUUCAGACCAGGAAAUGUUCAACAGCAGCAUUUGGGGCCCCACCUGUGAUGGGUUAGACCGUAUCCUGGAUCGUUGUGAACUGCCUGAGCUGCAAGUUGGUGACUGGCUCAUAUUUGAAAAUAUGGGAGCAUAUACAGUUGCUGCAGCUUCAACUUUUAAUGGAUUCCAGCACUCCCAAAUCUACUCUGUCAUGAGCAGGGCUGCAUGGCAAAAGAUGAAGCAUAUUAAGGAAGGAGUCCUACCAAUUCAAAAAGAACAAGAAAUCCUGCACCCACCCAUGUCCUGUGGAUGGGAAAUAGCCGACAUGCUAUGCACGCCUCAGCUCUUCGGUCCUAGUAUAAUUUAGAAGUUGUGUUUUGUACACAUUAGCAGAAUGCUUAUAGCAAAAAUGGCAACAAAUGCACAUUCAAAAAGUCACCCUAAACCUCUUGCUGAAGAACUAAGAGGAAAUUCUAAAAGCAUUAUUUGAAAUAUUUAAUGAAAAUAGAUUUUAUAAAUGUAGUGCUCUGAAUUUUGAAUGCACUGGUGUCAACGUUCAUUGAAACAAGAUUACCCUGCUAGUGUAACAGCUAGUUGUGUUUUUUUACCCGAAUAAAAAUCCAUUUUCAAAA